CAAAAGUGUUGCAAUUCUAGUCAACGAGUCGCUAUUUCUUCCCGGACUGGCCAACUUGAGUAAGGCGUCCUGUCUUCGGUGAGAAAUGAUCAUUGAGAUCAUCAAUGACUGUGAGCUGGCGUUCCAAUUGGACGGUGAUUGGCUCAAAGCCGGCGACUUCAAGUCCGAGAAAUCGGCCUUGAUCCCACCGCUGGCGCAGACUACGGUGGAGAUCGCACCUUCGGCCGUGGAAGGUGUGUCUGGAGUUGCCUGGUGGGUUGAUGUGACGGGGCACAGUGUGUACCUGUCCAUGGCAAUGUCCAAGCCUCGCAUCGGGAAGAAUACCUUUUCGUGCUACGCCGGAUUGCCUCCACCGAACCUGAAGACGAUACUCUCCAAAGCCCCCAAGCUGGAGUCGGCCACAACGGAGGCCAGUUUUCCGGGUCAAGGCCCUGGCUGCGAAUGGGUGGCCACAAAACAGGGUGUACGAGUCAGGAUCUUCUCCGAGCUGGACGAGUUCGUGCCCCCCACAGCUAGUGACCUGUCCCCAAAGGAGCAGUCAGAGACAGAAGGAGCGGAAGGAGCGGAAGGAGCAGAAGGAGCGGAAGGAGAAGUCGAACACGUGCCUUCGACGUCUUCGACCGCUCUGGCGAUACCAGGUGCCUAUGGUGGCAAAGAAGGAGGUGACUUCAUGGCCUUGACUCGCCCAAAGGAUGGCACAGAUGGACUUGUUCGUGGCUUGAAGACAGCUGGAGUGAGUGUGGCUGGUGGCUUGGUAACGAUCGUUGCGGCACCAGUGGCGGGAGCGAGGUCUGGCGGUGCGACGGGAUUCGUCAAGGGACUAGGUGUGGGCGUCUUGGGGGGUGCCGCCAUGGCGGUCGGUGGUGUCGGCUGCGGCAUUGCUCAGGUUGGGAGAGGGCUUAUGCAAGCCCCAAAGGCAGCCAGAGCCCGGCGUGAAGAGAAGGUUUGGGAUCAAGAGCUCGGGAAAUGGGUUGAUGUGGACCUUUGUGCUUUGGAGCGCCAGAUGGCACAGGAGACGGACAAGGACACGAGCUCCACUCCAGGAGGUCUUGGGGUUUCGCAGCAUGCUCCACACAGGCUACUUUUGAUAGCAGGUUCGGGAGAACCGCAUUCAGAUGGACAAGUGGCAGAUACCGAGUACUAUGAUUUGCUCCAAAUCCAGCCGAACGCCAACCCCUCUGAGAUCAAGAAGGCAUACUACAAAGAGGCAAGGCUGUGCCAUCCUGACAAAAAUCCUGGGGAUGCUGAGGCCACAGCAAAAUUCCAGAAGCUGAGUACUAUCUACCAGGUCCUUUCAGAUCCCGAACUCCGAAAGAAGUAUGACCGUGAUGGCAAAGAUGGAGUCGACAAGCAGAAGACGGUGCAGAUGGACCCCAGGGCAUUCUUCGGACUGCUUUUUGGAUCCGAGCGCUUCGAACCUUGGACGGGCGAGCUCUUGAUUGCUGCUCAAGCGGACCAUUUUACAAAAGCAAAUGAAGAUGAUGAGAUGUCGGAGCUGGAGAAAAGCCUCAAGAAGCGCCAGCUUCGUCGCGAGGUUGCUUGUGCUGUGAAUCUCCGUGAGCGGUGUGCGAGAUAUGUGUAUGGCCGGGAUACCGAGGGCUUUAAGGCUCAGAUGCGGAAGGAAGCUUCAGAACUUGCUUCCUCACAGUUUGGACCCGAGCUCUUGCAGGCUCUGGGUGAGAUGUACUUGGUACGUUCUGAGAUCUACCUGGCCAAUGAGCUCCAUGGCCGUAUCUCUCUCACCAAGUCGCGCGCAUCAAUGAAGCACAAUGGCCUAGUCCUGAAGCACCGCUUGCGCUUCUACAAGAAUGCCGCUGGAAGCCUGAUCAAAGCUGGUAAGGUGUACAGUGCGGCGAGCAAAUUCUCAAAGGAGGAGCCUACACAGACAGAAGGUGAGGGCCCCCCUUUGAGUGAAGAGCAAGCCCAGGAGGUCGAACGCGUCAUGGAUGAUGCACUCCCACUCUUUUUGCAGACCGCAUGGUCGUACGUGGUGCGUGACAUUGAUCGAACAGUUCGGGAUGUUGGUCGGAAGUUCCUGCAGGACAAGUCAGUGCCAUGGCAAAUCCGCAUUCGCAGAGCUGAAGCUUUGAAACUUCUAGGUGAGAUCUUCCAAGCAGAGGCUACGGCCGCCAAAGCAGCUGGACCGGAGCAAGGUGCCGAUGGCACAGCGAAAGCCGUGCUGCAAGAGGCAAUGCUUGGGGCCAUGAGGUGACACAGCUUCGCAAGCCCUGUUGCGCUUGGCGACAGGAGGCUUGCCAGUCCCAAAUUCCGAUGGUCUGAGCCUUUUCAUGAUCUACGAGGGACAUGCGACUUGCAUAGCUUUGGGCUUUGGGCUUCCUGGAUUUCCAGGACGUGCUCAAAUCCUUGCUCGGGAGCCACUGCUCCUGCCUUUUGCAGCUUAGUUGCGUAGCACAGACUCAGCCUUUGGCCGGUUUUGGCCGGAAGAUGUACAGGACCAAUCAAGGCCUAAUCCUUGCAGCGAACAGAACAUGUCCACAUGGUUCAAA